UUUCCUUUUUUUUUUAAAAUUAUUAUUGUUUAUAAGAUUUGAUAAAGCUGAUUAGGGAAUCGGAGAAUGGGUGUGAUUGAUCGGCGCUGAUGUCGAUUGUUGUGAUGGGUGAGUUCGUAGUAGAUUAGGGGAAAAAAAUUGCCGGGACAUAGGCAGCCGUCGGUAUCAUUCUCAAAAGCGUCUUCUUUGAUAGCCUUUGGCGGCGGUGGGUGGACUCCCCAAUAAACCAAAGCUUCCCCUUUUUUUGUUGGCACUUUACUUUCAUCCCCUGGAUGAUGACCCCCAAUCCAAUGUUUUCCUUUCCUUAGAAAAUAAACAGAUUAUUUUCCUUCAAUCCAAGCAGUAAAUUUAAAAAUAAAAAAAAUUCCCAAUUUGCAAAUUUGCAAAUUGGAUAUUUGUUUUGUUUUUAGAUUACUAGGAGGGUGAUAAUGCUAUCACUGAAAGUGAAGCAUUUAGCUAAAACUAGGGCUAAUUAUUAUUGUUUAUCCCAAUCUCAACUUCUCUGUUCUUCUUCUUCUUCUUCUACUUUAUGUAAUUCUUAUGCUACUAGUAGUAGUAGUGGCUGUGGCAGUGGCAGUUUUGGCACGACAACAUGGCUACCUACGAGACCAUCAACAGCAAUAUCUGAUCUGAACACCGAUUUGAUCCGUCUAAGGAAGGACAUUAUGGCCGUGCACUUGAAGGAAUGGUUCAAGAGCCGCCACAACGAUGACGUUUUGAUGAAACAGAUUUUCAAGAUCCUCAGAAGCAGCAUCAACCAAGACCAAGACCACCACCACCACCACCUAGUCGACACCAAGUUGAGCCCCUCCGACGACUUGUCGCUUUCCAAGCUGGGUUUACGACUCACCGAGAAGUUCGUUCUGGAAGUACUCCGUUAUGGGCAUCGCAAGGAAAGCGUGCUUUCGUGCAUCAAGUUCUUCGACUGGGCUGGAGAGUCUGGCUUCCGCCAUACCCGAGCGACUUACAACUGCCUUUUCAAUAUACUCUCUAAGGAAAAGCUCAUGUCUUCAUUGUUGGCUUUCCUUGAGAGAUUGAAGUACAGAAACACCCACAAGGUGAGAUUCCAUGAUACGCUGGUCAUGGGUUAUGCUGUUGCUGGUAGACCCGAGACUGCACUCCAAGAGUUCGGUAAAAUGCGCUUUCAGGGACUGGACUUGGAUAGCUUCGGUUAUCAUGUGGUUUUGAAUGCUUUGGUGGAGCAGAACCGAUUCGAUGCGGUUGAGGUUAUUGCCAAGCAGAUUUCCUUAAGGGGUUUCGAGAAUGAGAUCACUUUCUGUGUGAUGAUGAAGAGUUUCUGUAACCAGAAGCUGUUCGAUGAGGCGGAAGCUUAUUUCCGUGAAUUGGUGAGAGAUGAGAAGCCAUUGAGUGGGCAUGAGUUGGGUUUGCUUGUUCAUGCUCUUUGUAAGAGUAAUAAGUUUGAGCGUGCCGGCAACUUAAUUGAGGAGUUUCAGGAUUUAAGUAUGGCAGUGUUGGAGAAUGCGUAUGGUGUGUGGAUAUUGGAUCUUGUAAAGGCUGGGAAACUAGAUGGUGCUCUGGAGUUCUUCAAGACCAAGAAGUCAUUGGAUGGUUACCUUCCGGACGUAUUCCGGUAUAAUACCUUGAUAUGUAGGCUUCUGAGGGAGAACCGGCUUAUGGAGGUUUAUGAUUUGUUGACGGAGAUGAAGGAAGGUCAGAUAUCCCCUGAUAAGAUCACUAUGAAUGCUGCAUUGUGCUUAUUAUGCAAAGCUGGGAUGGUGGAUGUUGCACUUGACUUGUAUAAUUCGAGGUCAGAGUUUGGGCUCUCCCCAAAUAGCAUGGCUUACAAUUAUCUAAUCAACACCUUGUGUGGAUAUGGGAGCACCGAUGAAGCAUAUCAUGUGUUAAAGAAUUCAAUUGACCAAGGCUAUUGUCCGGGUAGAAAGACGUUUUCUAUUAUUGCAGAUGCUUUGUGCAGAGAGGGAAAUCUUGAUAGGAUGGAGGAGUUGGUUUCAGUUGCUUUAGAGCGAAACUUUCCAGGUGGUUCUGUAUUUAGUAAGUUUAUAUCAGCUUUCUGCAGAGCUAUGAGGUUAGAAUAUGGUCAUAAGUUACAUCGGGAACUCAACAGAAGAAAUAAAGUUACUACAAAGAAUGCUUACUUUAACUUGAUAAAGGGUUUUAUCGUCGAAAUGCAAAAGAAGGGUCGCUCUUUUAAUGGGGAAAAUGCUGCCACACUUCUCAGCGAAAUGCAAAAGAAGGGUCACAUGCCAACUCGUAAGUUGUUCAGGUCUGUUAUUGAAUGCGUAUGUGGGAUGGAAAAUCCAGAAAAGCAAUUCCAGAAUUUGCUUGAGAUGCAGUUGUCUCCUGAACCCAUCGAUUGUUAUAUAUACAACUUCCUCAUUGAUGGAGCUGGGCAUGCCCAAAAACCUGAUCUAGCCAAACAUGUAUUUGAUUUGAUGUGGAGUAAAGGGAUUAAGCCCAAUUUGUGUUCUGAUAUUCUUUUGUUGCAGAGUUAUCUGAGGAAUAACCGAAUUUUUGAUGCUUUGAAUUUCUUUAAUGAUUUGCGCAAGAGAAGAAAGAUUGGGAGAAAACUAUACAACAGUCUGAUUACUGGUCUAUGUAAAGCCAACAGGGCGGAUAUUGCACUUGAGUUCAUGAGGGAAAUGAAGGAGAACAAUAUAGUUCCAAGUAUUGAGUGCUACGAAAUUUUGAUACAGUUGCUGUGCUCAAAUAAAAGAUAUGAUACUGCAGUUAAUCUUAUUAUUGACUUUGAGAAGGAGGGACGUCAAGUUACUUCUUUUAUUGGUAACAUACUUCUGUUGCAUUCUUUGAAAAGUCAAGAACUCUAUAAGACUUGGUUUCGGUUGAGAGAAGCUCAGGAUGAGACAUCAGGUAGUUCAAUGCUUGGCAUGCUUAUUGGUGCAUUUUGUGGUCGCGUUACAGUGAACGAACAUGUUGCUAAAUUGGAAGAAGUGAUUGAAAAGUGCUUCCCACUUGAUGUCUACACAUACAAUAUGCUUUUCAGAAGACGAAGCAUCGAUAGGGAACAUGCUAUUGAGUUGUACAAAAGAAUGCGUCGGAAAGGGUAUGAGCCUAAUCAGUGGACUAUUGACAUCUUGCAGACGAGAUUUCCGUCUUGCGGAUGGCUAGAUGAGGUGCACUGAAGGUUUUCAUCCCACUGACCGCAGAAGACUAGUUACUUAAAUGGGGUUUAGUGGAUUCACUGGUCCAAUUCCAUGUAGGCGUAGCUACUAGAUGUUAAACAUUCAACAGAGGUUCUAUACAAGUUUUCUUGUGAAAUAGCGUAUUUCAUACCUUGCUUUCAUUGAUCACAUGGAAUUUUUUUUUCUUUUUUUUUAAUUUUAAUUCAUGUGUAACAUUUUUGAGCCACCAUUGGAGACUCAUGGUUUAUUAUACCUUGUUGCUCAUUGUGUUCAAUAAGAAUGGCAGAAGUUCUUUA